AACUUGAAAUCGAAAAUUUUUUUUCUUUUUAUAAUUUAAUCAAAAAGCUUUAAUUUUGUUUAAUUUAAUUGUUUCAUCCACCAUUAAACUAACACACAUCUCAGUUAACUAAAUACCAAUAUUAUCAUCAAGUUAAUUGUGAUUAACCAUUAAAUCCUCGGAUUAUCAAAUCUCAGUGUCCAACCAACAAUAAUACAAGAAACAAAAGACAACUGACCAAUUGGAUUUAAAUUGUUUACCUUAAUUAUCCUCUUAUUUCAAGCAAUUAAUGAGCAACGGAAACUUUAUAUUAUGUCCGAAAGUUUUAAUUGUUGUUGAAAAUUGAUUUUCUCUCUCUAUCUCCCUUUAUUUUCACAAUCAAGUUCAUCUUAUCAACUUUAAUUUAAUCACAAUUAAAAAGUUUUAAUUAUGAUCAGUAGACGUAAAAUUUUAUCUCGAUCACAAAGUGACAUUGAUUAUCCAUAUGAUGCUUAUGCAGUUGAAGAGGAUAUUUGGUAUGACAAGGAAAAUCUUUACACAGAUCAUAUUCAAGAGAUUCUCAAAAAAUGGGAACAAAUUGACGAUGAAAUUUGGGGUAAAAUUAUUUGCAUGGAAAGAAAUCGUCGAAUUGCCAAAGCUUAUGCUCGAGUCCCAGUUCUAACGGUAUCGGGAUCAGAUGAUGGUUUCGAUGGGUUUAAAAUUGGACUAAAUGGUUUCGAUCGAGCUCCAAGUAGAGAUCCAUUGGUUAAAAGAGUUCGUGAUCACAUUGGCGGAGGAGUUCGAAUCAAAAUGGACGAAUUCGGUAAUAUUAUAAUCAAACGAAUGUCACAUUGUGAUGUUUUCAUUCGAGGUUAUGAUCGAGAAUCAAACAGUAUAUCCAAAGAGAUAUUGGACUUUUCGGGUGAACUUGAAUUCGAGAAAUCGGUUAAAUUAUUUGAUAUGAAGAAAUUUCAAUCCGGAUUAAGUAAAGAGUUAAGAUCAGCUUAUCCUGAUCGUCGAAGGCUUGAAAAUCAAUGUAUCAACGUGAUCGCUUUCGUUAAAGAUGCAACCGAUGUACUUGACCUUCCAGUUUGGAUUAUGGUGAUUAACAUUGUCGCCCUUGAUAUGCUUAAAUCAAAAUUACCCCAACAAGUUUGCUAUCGAAAUGAAAAUGUACCCAAGUUUGUCAAUGUCUUCACCAAACCGGAACAAGAUGAAGACCCAUAUUCAGUUCCAAGUUUACCGACAAGUAAACGACCUCAAAACGGAAAACCAAUUAAUCCACUUUUGGUUAAUCAUAAUAAUAAUGUUAAUCAUAGUUCCGUUAAUCCAAGUAAUAAUAAUAAUAGUGUUAUUAGUAAUCAAAAGGGAAGUGAUACUAAACCACCAGAAUUACCGCCGAGAGAUUUUGCCAAGAUUAAGAAAACGAAGGAGAAAAAAAUACCUUCAAUGUUCAAAAGUUUAGUUCGAGGAGGUCGAAGUCAAUCGAGUAAUAAUAACAAUGUACAAUCGAACAGUGUGGUU